AUGAACCGCGUUGACUACAACGAAAAGGCACAAGCCCUCCUAGAAGACCAACAGUCCUACAAGUCCACGCCUCACUCGCGAGCCAAAUCGAUGAUUGGUCAACUAACUGGACUCCUGAACCGACUCAAGCGAAACAGUGCUAUAUCGCUGGACGAGUGGCGACAGAUGAAACCAACGGACACGGCACUGGCCCGGUUUUAUGGAUUACCCAAAAUCCACAAGCCCAUUGUUCCCCUUCGACCAAUCGUUGCCUUGAAAGGCAGCCCCACUUACAAUCUAUCCAAAUGGAUGGCCCGAAAACUUAAUUUUCUCCGAGAAGGCUCAAGGACCUCCAUCAAUUCAGCCUCCCAAUUCCUGGCCGACAUCCGAGGAAAAUUUGUCCGACCGGAGCAGAUUAUGGUGUCCUUUGACGUGGUUUCAUUAUUCACGUCCAUCCCACCGGACCUGGCACGCGACGAGACGAACAAACCCCUAAAAAUCGACCACUUACUGCAACUGUUUGCUUUCUGCCAACAAACCUUCUUCACCUUCAAUGGCAGAACAUACGAACAGAUCAAAGGAACGCCGAUGGGUUCGCCAAUAUCCAGCCUGGUUGCAGAACUAGUCCUGCAGGAACUGGAAAAAGUCGCCCUCGAUCACUAUGAACCUGCAUUUUGGCGCCGGUACGUGGACGACACGUUCGUCAUAAUUGAAGGGAACAGACUGGCCGACUUCCAAGACCUGCUCAACGGCAUCUUCCCAGACAUUCAGUUCACAAGGGAAGAAGAGCAUGCCAAACAGCUGCCUUUCCUGGACGUUCUCGUCACACGCACACCAAACGGCGAACUCAACACCACGGUGUACAGAAAGGCGACUAACACGACUCAGAUUCUCAACUACCACAGUAACCACCCAAUAGCGCAUAAACGCAGCUGUUGUAGGACACUCUUCCAGAGGGUAAAAACGCACUGCAGUGAACCAGAGGGACGAGUACGAGAACUUCGGCAUCUUCGGGACAAACUGGCAAGACAUGGAUACCCGAACAGCUUCCUCAGCCGCUGCCUCCGCACGCGCCCACGGCGAACAAACGGAGGAGAGUCGCAAACACUCUGGCACCCUCUGCCAUAUAUAAAGAACGCAUCCGAAGCGGUGGAACGUAUCGCUGGAGAGCUCGGCGUCGGUAUCGCUCACCGUCCGACAGCGACCAUGCGCAGCAAAAUCAUGCAAGUGAAGGAUCGCCUAGACGUGGGUAAACAAUCGGGCGUCGUAUAUCAGAUCCCAUGUCGGGACUGCCCUCGCCAAUACAUUGGACAUACCGGACGACGACUUAGCUCACGAAUGACAGAGAACAAACGGGCGGUCCGGAGAGGCGACCCGUUGUCUCAGGUCGCCACUCACAACCUGGAGAAAGGCCACGAAUUCAACUUUGCGAGCACGCGGAUAGUGGCGCGGGCCAGCAAUAAGACAGGACGAGAACUGUUAGAGGCCUGGGUGUCUGACACCAACGCUAUCAAGAGGCACGUUGACAUAGCCCCCUGCUAUCUCGCGCUCCGUUCCCGCGGCCAAGGGGCGAGACCCAAUUUCCAGCCAAGGGUGCACGCAGUCACGCCAGCGUGA